GUCUUUCACGAGUGUGAAAAGAUUUUGGCGCCGAAAUUGAAGUCCGAGUGUUCGAUUCGAUAUUCCACAAGAAUUCUACGAGGUACGAAUAACUAUGGCGAAAUCCAGAAAAUGGAGGGAAGCAAUCAUUUGGAAGUCCUCGAGAGAAUCAAGCGAGUCGACCAGAGAAAUCGGUGGACUGAAGAAUGUUUUAAGUGAUCUUGACAGAGGGGAAGGCCCCCGCGGGGGACAACGCUUGGAGAGGAAAAGAACAAUUCAACUACCCAGUUGACCGAACAUAAUAUAUAAUCAUUGGGACACAGCUUUCUUGUAAGUUUUUGUUUGAGAUUGUAGGAAAAGGUCUUCGUCUCCAUCAAAACAGUUUCCCCACUUGUGAUUUCCUAUUCACGUUUCGUUCUUACUUUUCGCAAUUAUCGUUUAAUGUCGCGACAUUCUUCUGUGCUCAUUAUAAUUUUGCUUCGUUCUUAGGCUAUCUUCUCCGAGAAGUUGCAGAGUUUUCCAGGUGAAAGUGAUUUCUACGUUACUUGGAGGCAUAUUUCAAAAUAGUUUUUACAUUUUAGGUAAAUUUGGAUUUGAGAGCCUGAUAUUCUUCAUUGGAUGAGAACUAAUUAGCUUUGGUCUUUGGAAAUUCUUUUGUUAUUGAUAGAAAUUGGGAAGUAGGCUCUGCUAUUGAAUAUUUUGAGUUGGGUUGGCUCUGCUAUUAAAUACAAUCGAAGGAGAUCAUCAUGUUUAAAGAGCUUUCUGGAGCUCUAAAGCUAUUAUUUUCUGAAAAUUAGUUCCUCAGUUUUGGAUUCAAACAUUAGUGAAUACCAUGAAACUUGCAAGUGCUGUGGUAAACUCCUUUGGAUGUUCUGCAUCUGGGGAACGUUUAGUUUCAGCUGCAAGAGAUGGAGAUUUCCAAGAAGCACAGGCUUUGUUGGAGUAUAAUCCACGAUUGGCUCGCUACUCAACGUUUGGUGUGCGCAAUUCCCCCCUCCACUACUCUGCAGCUCACGGACAUCAUGAGAUAGUGGAACUUUUGCUUCAGUCAGGAGUUGAUAUUAAUUUAAGGAACUAUAGGGGUCAGACUGCUUUGAUGCAAGCUUGUCAACAGGGUCACUGGGAGGUUGUUUUGAUUUUAGUACUUUUUGGAGCCAACGUCCAUAAAGCAGAUUAUUUGAACGGAGGGACUGCACUUCAUCUUGCUGCUUCAAAUGGUCACUCCCGGUGCAUCAGGCUUCUUCUUGCUGAUUAUAUUCCAAGCAUGCCAAACUUUAGGGAUAUAAUGAGUAAGGUAACGGGCGAUGAAGAAUCAAUCUCAGAGUUUGAUCAUAGGGCCUUGUCUCAGAUUAUUAACCAACCGGCAGAUGGUGGCAUUACCGCUCUACACAUGGCAGCCCUUAAUGGGCAAGUUGAAAGCGUGCAGUUACUUCUGGAAUUUGGGGCAUCUGUUUCUGAGGUGACUGUGGGCGAUGGAACCGUAAUUGAUCUUAUAGGUGCUGGGAGCACAGCUCUUCAUUAUGCUGCAUGCGGUGGUAAUGCCAAAUGUUGUCAAAUUUUGAUCGCCAGGGGUGCCAGUCUGACCACUGAAAAUGAAAAUGGUUGGACACCAUUGAUGGUUGCUCGCUCAUGGCAUAAAGGUUGGCUUGAGGACAUUCUCAGCACAGAGCCUAUAGACCGGCCAAAACUUACUCCCUCUCAUUACCUGUCGCUGCCCCUUAUGAGUAUUGUUCAAAUUGCUAGAGAAUAUGGAUGGAGUAGUAAAUCUGCCCCCGGAUGCCAGGAUCCAUGCGUUGUCUGCUUGGAGAGGAAGUGUGCGGUAGCUGCUGAAGGUUGUGAUCAUGAAUUCUGCACAAGAUGUGCCUUGUACCUCUGUUGUACAAACCGUGGGACAACCUUUGCUCGUGGCCCUCCAGGUUCAGUUUCUUGCUCCCUCUGCCGCAAUGGCAUAGUCUCUUUCGUUAAGCUUCCAGUUAAAGUACCCAUCGCUAAGGAGAUUGCAAGAACAAGCUUGUCACUUCCAAUAUGCCAAUGCUCUCAAGAGACACCAUCAAAACCUACCCCCUUAGCUACCCAGCUCCGAUCUCACGAGUUGUGUCGUGCUCACGAUACUCCUCUGGGGGUUUCCUUUUGCUGCCUGAGACUUCCAUCAAUCAUUGCCUGCCGAAAAACUCCGGAUAUAUGCCACUCUUGAGUUCCAUGCUAUGCCAACCGGAACUUGCGGGAACCACUUGGCCAGAUAUUGAAGGCCUGGGCUCCGGCAAUCAAGUUCUCAUGGGUCAUUCCCUUCUGGAGCUAAUCAUUAUGUAUUCCCUGGAGUAAAUGCCUGAUAAUAUUUGGAUCUGGUUUAUGCUUCUUUCAAUCUUUCUUGAUUCAAUUAUUUGAGAAUGAAAUUACCAACUUUUAACCUUU